CGCUGGCCCGGCGGGCGGCUCUGUGGCGCGGAGCUGUCCAGCACUUCAGGAGGGGACGCGCCGGGAGGGGCCGCGCUGCUCCGGACCGAGCGGGACCGAACCGAACCGGGUCCGGAGAGCGGCAGGGACGGCACCGGGCCGGGCUGAGCGGGGCGGCGGGGACGGAAGCGGCGGGGAGAGGUGCUGUGUCCCACCCGCACCACCAUGGCUCUGUACAACAACGGAGCCAACGUGCCCUCACCCCAAGAGGCCUCCAAUGGCUUCUCGCAGCCCGGUGCCUCGGGCACGUGGCACAAAGCAGAGGAGGAGGUGAGGCUGGUGGAGCCCAGCCUGGUGAAGAAGGCUCACCGUGAGAUCCUGGACCACGAGCGCAAGAGACGGGUGGAGCUGAAGUGCAUGGAGCUGCAGGAGAUGAUGGAAGAGCAAGGGUACUCAGAGGAGGAGAUAAGGCAGAAAGUGGGGACCUUUCGGCAGAUGUUGAUGGAGAAGGAAGGCGUGCUCACCAGGGAGGACCAGCACGGGCGCCAAAUAGUGAUAGAAAACCACCACGGGCUGGAUGGGGAGGAGUACACAGUGCAGUACCCUGAGUACAGCGAGGGCUGCCUGCUGCAGUGUGACUGCUCAGCCGAGUGCUACCGCGACGACAGCAGCCACCGCGAGUACAGGAUGAAAAGACGGUCGAGCAGCUCCACCUCCCCACCACCCAAGAAGAAAAAGAAAAAGAAAUCGGGUCACCGCCGGAGCCGCAAAAAGAGGAAACCUGGAUCAGAGCGCAGCUGUGACAGUUCUUCCCCGAUCCGCAAGGAGAAGAAAAAGAAGACUGGAAAGAAGCACAGACGUGACAGGUCUGAGUCGGGCUCUCGGAAGAAGAGAAGACACAGGUCCCGCAGCCCCAAAAACAAGAGGAAAGAGAAAAACAAAGAGCGCAAGAGGUCCCGCAGUGCAUCGCCAGCCUGGCGGUCGCACCGGCGCAGCAGCUGCAGCUCACACAGCGCUUCACUCUCCUCUGACUACAGCAACUCCAAAUCCCCCAGCAGGCUAAGCCCCAAGCAUCGUGAGGACGGCCCCAAGGGCAACAGCGCCCGCUCCAGUCGCAGCCCGUCCUCCUCCUCACCGCGCCGCUCGUCCUCACCGCACCAGAACGGGCACAAGGGCAGCGCCCAGAAUGGCCGCCACAGCCAUGGCCCUGCACUCGAGGAGCCAACGGAUAAGAGGCCGGCCUCACCAUCCCCUUCUCCUCGGCCUCGCGGCAGGACAGAUCCGCCGUCCCCUCGCACCCGGGGCGGCCGUCAUGGUGCCCGCUCACCCUCGCAGGAGCGAGCCAAGCACGGCCACCGGCACCGCUCCCACUCCACCUCGCCGCCCCGACACCGAGGUCAGGCACCCCGACUGCCAGCACCAACGGGGCUCAGCCCCACUGGCUACAGCAGCGACUCGGAGGGCUCGGUGUGCUCCCACCCGCUCAGCCCUGACAGGACUCACAGUGCCCACGCUAAGAAGGUGAAGGAGAGGCACCACCGGGGCCGUCCCAACAGCAGCUCAGAGUCAUCAGCGAAGCACUCACGGCACGGAGCCUCGGAGCGGAGGAAGAGCCCCUCACACAGCACAGGGCACCGCAGCACCUCCUGGAGCUCCAGUGGGUCCCUCUCCAAGUCCCGAUCCCGCUCGCGGGACAAGCGGGCAGCACGCAGCCGCAGCCGCUCUCCAUCACAGAAGAAAACUGCCAGCAGAGAGAAAGACAAUGAGCCUCGAACACGCCACGGUGACCCAGACCCUGCUCGGGCCCGGCGCCGCUCCCGAAGCUACUCCCCAAUCAGGAAAAGGAGACGUGACUCCCCCAGCUUCAUGGAGCCCAGAAGGAUCACCAGCGCUCGCAAGCGUCCCAUCCCCUACUACCGCCCCAGCCCCUCGUCCUCCAGCUCGCUGAGCACCUACUCGUACAGCCGCAGCCGGAGCCGCAGCUACGACACCUACAGCACCAGCCGCAGCCGGACUCGCAGCCCCCCCAGCCGCUCACGCAGCCCCCCCAGCCGCAGCCCCAGCUACAACAGCCGCAGCAGCUCCGAGAGCGCCGGCUUCUGAGCCCCCCCACCCCAACCAGGAGCCUCCAUCCCACCCCAGGAGCAGGGGAUUGCCAAGGAUGGACCAAGCGGGGGGUGACCCUGAGCCUGGGGGGUAUUCGGGGGUUGGGAGAUGGGGUGGGGGGUGGCUUAUUUAUUGGGGGGGCAGGGUGGGCGAGCACAGAGCAAGGGAACAAAUCACAUCGACAUAGCUGGGUGGGGGGGUGCUCCAUCCAGCGGUGCUUUUUGGGGUGUUUUGGGACUUUCUGAGCACCUUUCCCCAUUCCAUGCCUGGCUGGAGGGUGCGGUGCGGCCCCAAAGGAACUGCAGCAUCUCACUGACUUGUGUCCCUGUGGCACCCUUGGGGACAGAGGUGACAUGGAUUAUCCUGAGGCCCCAACAGCCCUGGGCACCACAGAGCCACCAAUGAACAAAAAGCAUUGCUGCAUCCCCAGCACGGGGCCAUGAGCCCAAGGAGUGGGCUGAGAUCCCCCCUGACUCCAGCCAGGGCUUUGCAUCUCCUGCCCCUGAAGAACAAAUGCUGUCAGGUCUGGAUUUGGGGUGAAAAAGGUCUGUUUUGGGAUGUGUCUCACAGUGCUUUUGGGGUGGUCCUCACUGAGGUGCCCCCUGCACACCCACAUUGCUUUGGGCACAUCUGGGUGCGUGGUGUCCCCUCUGAGCACUGGGACCCCAUCUGUGUCCCCCUGGCCACAUCCUGCUUCAGUUCCUGACCCAGAUGGCUUCAUGGUGCCACUAUCCCCAAUAACUGCAGCCCUGUGGGAUGGCAGUGGCUCCUCUCCUGGCACCAUGGCAUGGCAGUGGGCUCAUUGGGGCUGGAGCAUCCGUGCAGCCCUCCCUGGAGCUUUAAUGAGAGAUAAAGGAUGGGGCCCACGCGCCCGCUUUGCUGACAGCCCCAAUUCCACACCAUUGUGCUGAUUUUCCAAAAGAAAAAAGAGGCCCUUCCUGUGGGCAAACCCCCCGGCCCCGCUGCCGGUGUUUAAUCCACAUGGACCGUGUGUUUUCCGCCUGGCUGGAGGAGGACGAA